AGCCUGUUCCGGUAUUUGCUUACCCGGUCUUGUGUGAUACUCAUUCCUGGUAGAAACAGGUUUUGGGGAGAACCUAACUGCCAGUCUUUGCCCUGCAGACAUGUUCUUCACUGCAGCCUCGAGAGAAGGAGGAGCUGCUUGUUCACAUUGGGAAGAUCUUCGCUGGAAGAAAACUAACAUCCUUCUCUAAGGUCUUCCAUCUUUUAUUCUCUUUCCAUCUUUUAUUCUUCGCUGACCUUUCCCUUUUUUUUUUUUACCUUCUGCUUUUUAAAUACAUUGUACAUCGACACUUUCUGUGUCAUGAAGAUGUUUUAACCCUAAAGCCACUUCUGACUUAUUUCAUGUCUCCUUUGGCUAACUAAAUUCCAAAAGACGUGGCUUUAUGUCUUGUGUGUUUCUCACCAAUCUACUGCAUAAUAUUUCGUCUACCACAAAAAACGUCUCUCUGGUCAUCGAUAGCAAUACCGUCGCAGACAAAUAAAAUGUCUUUCCUUAAUUUACAACUUUUUAACCACCCUGCUGUACUUGUCACAGUUGAUUAAGUCCACUUUUUCGACACUCUGUACUUUGGUUUCCAUAACCACUGUUUUCCUCCUAAAGUUUCUCUUUUAAUGAACCUUCUUCUUUGGUCUGGAACUAUGGCUCUGCUGGAGGUCCAGUCCUUGGCCUUGUCUUUCUCUUCGCACUUAUGUCUGGGCCAAGCUUAUUCACACACUCCGUUUCAAGGAUAACCCUUUAUCCAAAGAUUCCCAAAUCUGUAUUCCAGGACUGACCUUCCUCUUGCCCUCGGUUUUCAGUCCUAGUCAGUUGAUCUCCGGAUAUUCCCCUUAAGAGUUCUUGCCGUCAGUUAAUACACGCACGUCCUCUCUAAUGCAUGACCGCCCCUCCUUACGGCCUCAUUGCUGUCGUUCUGUCAGGGUCCCCAUCUUCUAACCCUCAGACUUACAAUCUUGGAGUUGUCUUUCACCAAUACCUCUAUCCUUAUUAUAUAAAGAAAUCAUGAUUGCUUCCUCUAGGAAGUUGAAAUCCUUCACGUCUCCAUCCCUCAUUCUCCUCGGCUCCUUCCUUAUUAGUUAAAAGCAUCUCAAAUAUCUUUAACCAUUCCAUGUUAGGAAUCUAAAAUAAACUAUAGCUCACAGGCUAAAUUGUAACCACUAGCCUUUUUUAUUGGCCCAUAAACCAAGAAUUAACAUUUACUUUCACACUUUAAAAUGUAAAUGUGUAAUAUUUUGUGACGUGUGAAAAGGAUGUGACAUUGAAAUCCCAGUGCCCAUAGGUCAAGCUUUACUGGAACCCAGCCACGAGCACUUGCCACGUAGUGCCUGUGCCGCUUUCGAGCCACAAUGGCAGGAUUGAGUAGUGAGGAUAGAACCCCCCUGACCUGCAAAGCCAGCCAUAAAUUAUUUACCGAAAAAGGUUGUUGACAUCUGCUCUAAGAGUUUUCUUAUCUUGGCUUUCAAGGUUCUCGGUCCACUUUGUUUGCCUGACUCUGAUGAGCCCCUUUGCUCUGAUCUCUUGACAUGUACUCUGUGAAUUCCUCUGAUUUAAAAAAAAAAAAAGGCAACUAAACUUUUUACUCCUCUAACAAUUCAUCUUGCAGUAGCCCUGGUGGUGCAGUGGUUACGCACAGGGCUGCGGGCCCCAGGGAGCAGUGGGAAUCAUUUGCCACUCCGGCCGAGUGGGGCUUUCCUCUCCCGGGAAAGAGUCGCGUCUCGGAACCCCUGUUCCUAUAGCAUCACUAUGAGUCUGAAUCCACGAUGACAGUGAGUUUGGCUUUUUGAGUUGAACAGUUCAUCUUCCACAUUACUCAAGAAUAAGUCCGAAGCUCUUCUAAAAGAACACAUCAUCAUGUGCAUUUUUUCUGUGUUGAUCUUAGCAUUAUGUUGAACCAACUCCAGAACUUUUCCGUCUGUAUCAUGUUUUUAUAUAUGUGUGUGGGCUUCCUUCAGCCUGCAUCGGAUGGUCUGUUCUACAGUGAGCCCUUGGCCCUGUUCUGACUGAUGAAACUGAACUUCUCCAUCGUCUCUCUCCACAGAUACAGUCUGUCUUACUCCUAUGCAUUCCGUUUGGCAAAGUCUACAGGUAUAGUCACUGUCUGAGUUACCUAGUGCUGCUGUACAGAAAUACGCAAGUGAAGGACUUUAACAAGCCGGGUUAUUAUGUCACAGUUUAGGAAGCUGGAUGUCUGGAUUCACCCACUUUCUCCCCGUGUCGCUCUGGAUGGGGGUCCUUGUCUCCUUCAACAUCUGUGGGCUCCAUGCCCCUUGGAAUCUCCCUGUGUCUUGGCAUCACCCCGCCCUUUGCUCGAGGAGGCCUCAUCACAGCGACCCCGGGUCCAAAGGACAUGUGCUGCUCUCAGCUUUCUUCUUUCUUGGUCCUUCUAGGUCCUUCCUCUGCUUGUCUCUCUUGUAUAAUUAGGAAAAUGAAAGGCAGUGAUGCCGACCACACUGCAGGGUUGUGCCCUCAGGAAGGUGUUGCAUCCCACCCUAAUCCCCGUACCGUGGAUUAGAUGAUCAUAUCAUGAUGCAACUGCCAAGCCACCGAGUAAAGUAGCCCCACUGGGUGGGGGUGGAGACACAACCCAAUCCACAACAGUUGCCAGUUAUGUUACUGAAAGGUAUGAGGGAGCUUCCAAAAUUUUGUGGAAAAAUGAAAUGAAAAGAUGGAACCCCCCCCCCCUAAUUUUUGCAGCUUGGUUGUUUCCCAGUAAAGGGGUUUUUGGUCUUGCAGAGGUCGAUCACGUGAUCUCGGAGUUGUUUUUCUUUUCCUUGAGGCUGUGUCUCCCUCCAGCUACCGAUGCUUCGCCUCGACAUGUUAAAAAACAAGGCUGUCACGUUGAGGGCUAAGGUGCACCUGACCUGAGCCAUGCUGCCUUUAAAUUGCCUUUGGUGUAUGUGAAAACUGGGUAAUGAGUGAGGAACAUCAUAGAAGACUUGAGGCAUUUGGAUUUUGGUGUUGGUGAAAAAUACCGAACAUGCCAUGUACGACCAGAAAGUGAACAGCCCUGCCUAGGAAGGAGUACGGCCAUGACGCGUCUUAGAUGUGAGGACGGUGACACUUGGCACAUCCUUCAGCCGUCUUGUCGGGAGGGACCAACUCCUGGAGAAGGAUAUCGGUCAGAGGGCAGGACCCUCGGCAAGAAGGAAUGAUACAGCGCCUGCAACCAUGGACUUAAACACAGAGCAGCGGUGCAGCGGGGGCGAGGCCGUUUGUGCUGCUGUUGACUGGCUCUCUCUGAGUCAGAACCAACCUGUUUCCCGGAGGUGGGGUGGGGUGGUUUGCCCUCGCGCUCAGCUCCAGGAAGGCAGGCUAGUGGGUCUGUCCUGUAAAAGCAGCCGGGAGAGCUCUCGGGAGCAGUUGACUUCAAGCGCUCAAGAGUUGCUCUGAGCGCUAGUGGAUUCGACAGCAACAGGUUCAGCUAUAGUUUUUGAUGUGUUUGUUUUAAUCACUCGUCUGCAUUUAAGUUGCUAAUUGGGUUUUUAUCACUUGAUAUAUGACUUUUAUUUGCCUGCAAACCCCAAUUUUUUCCCCUGCCUUAGGGCUUCAGGUGGGAGACUAUGGCUAGAAGUAGGGAAUUUAGGGCUGCAGUGGUGUCCAUGGAAACCAAAGAAGAGUCCCUUGCAGCCCCCCAUGCUGCACUGCACUCUCCCAGGCUUUUAGUAGGCAGGCUAAUUCAAGGACAUCAAUCUGUCGUCCUGAGUAUGACGCUCUGAAAUGGACAUACGGUGAUCAUACACAAAGUGGGGGAACAAGGACAAAAGGUAAUCUCACAUGGGAAUAAAUAUAACUCCAGCAGAGUGGAGUAUUAUCCUAAAGCCAGCUCAUGCCACUCGCCGUUGUUGGGUGCUGUCGAGUCACAGCGACUGUGUACAAGAGAAAACACACCGCCGGCUGCGCGCCCCGCAGUCAUGCCAUGUGGAGCCCAGUGGGGGAGCCACUGCACCAGUCCGUCUGGUUUGACGGUCUUCCUCUGUGGGGCUGACCCUCCAGGACUGGGCCCUGAGACACCAUCUGGCCAUCUUGCUUCCACGCAGCACUGUGGUGUGCUUCUUCCCAGACAGGUUAUGAUAGUAGGCCCCUGCAGGCACCCUGCUUCAGUGAGAGGUGAGCCUGACACCCCAUGCUGGUGAGCAGGAGCUGCGGCUGGAAGGCACAUCGGCAGCCAUGGACAGUGCCCUCUCCCCCUGCGUCCAUCCUCCUCGGCCCCUCUCCCAGCUCCGCUGAGCCCCCUCGAUGAGAAAGGGGCGUAAAUCCCAAGAGACUGGAGCUUCCCACCCAGCUUGUGAAGGCCGGUUUGGUUCUGGACUCCUUUCCGAAAGAAAGGCCCAGCCGGGUGAGCCGGCUUGUCACUGCUUCAGCCAGCCAUGUCCUUCAGCGCCACCAUUCUCUUCUCCCCACCCAGUGGGAGCGAGGCCACCUGCUGCUGCUGUGCCUGUAAGAACGAGACGAGCGGGGGCAGCACGGGCUCCCAGGGCGGGCACCCCCCGCCCAGCACCCCGAUCACUGUCACCGGGCACGGCCUGGCAGUGCAGAGCUCAGAGCAGCUCCUGCAUGUCAUCUACCAGCGGGUAGAGAAGGCGGUGGGCCUGGCCGAGGCGGCCUUGGGUCUUGCAAGGGCCAACAAUGAGUUGUUGAAACGUCUGCAGGGGGACGUGGGUGAGCUCCGGCAGGGGAAAGCGCUCCCCCUGGAUCAGGAUGGUGGAGGCGCUGCGCAGAGCCCCCCACCUGAGGAGCCUGAGCCCCCCAAGGAGAGCCCUGGGGAAGCCUGCAAGGCCCUGUGCACAGGCGACGAGGAGUGUGACAGCGUGGGCAGUGGCGUGCAGGUGGUGAUCGAGGAGCUGCGGCAGCUGGGAGCAGCCUCAGCUGGGGGGCCUGGUCCGCUGGGCUUCCCCACCACCCAGAGAUGUGCACUGGCUGCCAACGAGGGGCCCUCGCUGCUCAACCCUCUGGCCGAGGACUACGUGGCCUCUGAGGGCGCUGUGCAGCGGGUGCCCGUCCCUACUUAUGCCAAGCAGCUCUCACCAGCCACACAACUGGCUCUCCAACCGGGGCCAGAGAAUGGCGCCAAGCUUCCUCCACCCCACCCUGAAGAUGGGCUCAGUGCUGCUGCUGUGCUGGACAGCGCCUUGGAGGAGCCAGGCCCUGGGGGACCUGGGGUGCUGAGACAGCCCCUCGGCUUCCCCGCUUCCCAGCGCAGGACCACAGGGAGUGGACAGAAGAACUCCAGACGCAAACGGGAUCUAGUGCUCUCUAAAAUGGUCCACAGCGUGCACAACCACAUUGCCAAUGACAGGAGGUUCAACGGGUCCGAAAGCAUCAAGUCCUCUUGGAAUAUUUCAGUGGUGAAGUUCCUUCUGGAAAAGCUCAAGCAGGAACUGGUGACCAGUCCCCAUAAUUACACUGAUAAGGAGCUGAAAGGAGCCUGUGUGGCCUAUUUUCUUACUAAGAGGCGUGAGUACCGCAACUCCCUGAACCCCUUUAAAGGGCUGAAGGAAAAAGAGGAGAAGAAACUUCGAAGUCGCCGAUACCGGCUUUUUGCCAACCGCUCCAGUAUCAUGAGGCAUUUUGGACCUGAGGACCAGCACCUGUGGAAAGACGUCACCGAGGAGCUGAUGUCAGACGAAGAGGACAGUCUGAACGAGCCCGGGGUCUGGGUGGCCCGCCCACCGCGCUUCCGGGCCCAGCGCCUCACAGAGCUGUGCUAUCACCUGGACGCGAACUCGAAGCACGGCACCAAAACCAACCGUGUGUAUGGGCCUCCCUCCGACAGGUUACCUUCUGCCGAGGUGCAGCUCCUCCCUCCCCAACUGUACAACCCCAACUUUCAAGAAGAGGAAGAGGAGGCCGGUGAAGAGAAUGGGACUGGUUCCCCAUCUUUUGACCAGCCCCACAAAACCUUUUGUCCCGACUUGAACUCAUUCAUUGAAAUCAAGGUGGAAAAGGAUGAGUGAGAUCUGAGGCCGAGAGUGAACUCUGACCUCCGCCACUCCCCCAUGUCCUGUGAUGAGUGGCCUCGGGGCUUCCUAGAGUAAUGGGGAGCCCUGUGCAGUGUGCAGCGUAGAUUGACCUGCCUUCUGAACCCGUCCCCGCUGGAAGGGGGAGCUCUGGCAGGAUCAGAGGACUUAAUACAGAAAUGGGGGAAAGUGCCCUAGUGUGAGCGGCCUUGAACCAGAAGGUGCUUAUUCCUAAGAACAAACAGUGCCUGGCAGGAGCCUACAAUGAGGAGCGGAGGAGGAUGGGUCUAAGAAACAUGAGGCCUUCUUGACAUCUGCCCAGUCUCUGAGUUUCUUUUCAGGAGCCCCCUCAGCUCUGGGGAAGCAGCCCUGGUCCUUGGGUGUCCCCACCCCUGCUGGUCUUGCUCUGCAGUGGAGCAUGGGACCAGCCCAGGGCAAGACUGCCAUCUGGUGGGCGGUAUCAGUCACGGGCUGGGCUCCUUGGAGCCAGAGACUAUGGGCUCCAUUCCUAUUUGGGAAUUGGGAUCUAGAUAUAAUCGUUAUUGUUUAUUUCAUGCUAUAAGGUAGAUCUUAUUACGCCCAUCUUAUAGAUGAGGAAAGUAAGGCUUAGAGUUUCCGGUCUCACCAGCAGCUGUUGUCCCACUGUAUGAUUAAGCAGUGCCUAUAGCUCUGUAGCCAUGUCUUACCCCUGUCAAGCCAAAGUGUAUUUUGGAGAAAGGGUGGUGGUGGUGGUGGUGGUGGUGUGUGUCAUACAAUUUGUGCAUCUUGAAUGGACUGAGAAGUAAAAAUGACUUUCUAUUCA